UAUCAAAACCCCCACCACUCUCCAGAAUACCAGAAUAUCAUCUUCUUCCUCUAAAACCCACAUCAACAACACCAGAAUCUUGCUCGAUAGAAGUACGUAAUCACUUGCAUCCAUGGUCAAUCUAUACAAUUGAAAAUUUAUCCAUUCCUUCUAGGGUUUUUAUUUCUGUAGUUAAAUGCGAUCGUUUCAGGGGAAGACGAUAGCAAGAAUAAGGCAGUAAAAGUUCAGAUCUUGGACAGAGAAACUGAGAAUCGUUAUUGAUUUCAAGGAAAUUAAGGUUUUUAUUAGGUCUGUUCUGCUCACUUUCAAUGGAAAACUUGUCUCUCCCUGAGGAUGCUCUUUUUCUUGGAUUUGAUGGCUCCACUCAGUCAUUUAAGGCAACUGUGUUGGAUUCUAAACUCAACAUUGUGACCUCAGAAAUAGUCAAUUUUGAUUUAGAUUUGCCCCAUUACAAAACCAAAGAUGGUGUCUACAGAGAUCCAUCAAUUAAUGGCAGAAUUGUUUCCCCUACCCUAAUGUGGGUUGAAGCAUUGGACCUCAUUCUUCAUAGACUUCAAGAUUCAAAAAAACUUGAUUUCAAGAAAGUUGCUGCUGUUUCGGGCAGCGGGCAGCAACAUGGUAGUGUGUACUGGAAGAAGGAUAGUUCCAGAAUCUUAUCAUCUUUGGAUCCUAAAAAACCUCUGGUUGGUCAAUUUGGACAAGCAUUUUCAACAAUAGAAUCGCCAAUUUGGAUGGAUAGUAGCACAACCGAACAAUGUAAGGCUAUUGAGAAAGCUGUGGGUGGCGCACUGAAGUUGUCUGAACUGACCGGAUCUAGAGCCUAUGAGCGUUACACUGGCCCACAAAUUCGAAGGAUUUUUGAGAAGCAACCCGAAGUUUAUAACAACACCGAGCGGAUCUCACUGGUGAGCUCAUUCAUUGCAUCUCUUCUCAUUGGAAGGUAUGCCUGCAUUGAUCAUACCGAUGGUGCUGGGAUGAAUUUGAUGGAUAUCAAGGAGAGAGUUUGGUCAAAACAGAUUUUGGAGGCAACAGCUCCUGGAUUAGAGGAAAAACUUGGGAAGUUGGCUCCUGCUCAUGCUGUUGCUGGUUUAAUUGCUCCAUACUUUGUUGAGAGGUUCCAAUUCAACAAGGAGUGUUUGGUUGUUCAAUGGUCUGGAGAUAAUCCUAACAGCUUGGCAGGAUUGUCCCUCAACACACCAGGGGAUUUAGCAAUCAGUCUGGGCACCAGUGAUACUGUAUUUGGAAUAACCAUGGAUCAUAAGCCAAGCCUAGAAGGUCAUGUUUUCCCGAACCCUGUCGAUAACAAAGGUUAUAUGGUGAUGCUAUGCUACAAGAACGGAUCUCUAACCCGCGAAGAUAUUCGUGAUCGAUGUGCGGAUAAAUCUUGGGAUGUUUUUAAUCGGUCCCUAAAACAAGCACCGCCCUUAAACGGUGGAAAGAUGGGCUUUUAUUACAAGGAUCAUGAAAUACUCCCUCCCCUCCCAAUUGGUUACCAUCGAUAUACCCUUGAGAAUUUUAAUGGCAACACCUUGGACGGCGUUGUUGAACAUGAAGUAAAGGAGUUCGAUUUUCCUACUGAGAUUCGUGCACUGAUUGAAGGACAGUUCCUUGCGAUGAGAGGUCAUGCAGAACGAUUCCGGAUGCCAUCUCCUCCAAAACGAAUAAUCGCAACAGGUGGGGCAUCGGCAAAUCAUAGCAUUUUGAGCGCUAUGGCUUCCAUUUUCGGCUGUAAUGUCUACACCGUGCAAACAUCAGAUUCAGCGUCAUUAGGAGCUGCAUUGAGGGCAGCCCAUGGUUGGCUAUGCGAAAAGAAAGGAUGUUUCGUGCCAAUUUCUUGCAUGUAUAAAGACGAUUUAGAGAAGUCUGCGUUUGGAUGUAAACUUGUGGCAACGGUUGAAGACAAGCAGCUCGUUGCAAAAUAUGGGCUUCUGGUAAAGAAGCGAAUGGAGAUCGAGAAUCGUCUCGUCCAGAAACUCGGACGUUAACGAAAUUCGUUACUCUAGCUAGCCUUUUGAUGCUUGGGGUUUUCUUGUAGUCGAAAAGGAUGUAAUGCAUCCAGACGUAUUUUAUAUCUCAUUUCCUCAAACAACCGGUUCUUAAUGACAAUAAAAUUAUUACCAAAGU